AAUAUAUUAAAAAUGCCCAAACCAAUAUAAUAAUUUGUUCAAUUCGGACCCAUCCAAUUACCUUAUUCACAGUUAUUUAUCUUAAGAAGGCAUGUAUUCGCUACAGUAAAUUUAAAACCAGUGGCGCCAGGUUUUUUAAAUCAUAAAUUAAAAGGUCAUGUAUUAGUUUGUUCAAGAAGGCCUGUAAAAAGGCUAUAUGAUAUGACGGAAGUCGAAACUGUAGAAUUUUGGAUAACUGUCCAAGAAAUUGCAAAAGUGAUGUCUGAUUUAUAUAAAGUAAGUAUUUAAUUAAUUUUAUGACAAAUUGCCAUGUUUCCAUUUAAGAUG